AUCAUGCACACCCUGACCUUCCUUGCAAGCGCCCGAAAGGAGCUUCAAGAUUUCCAGAUUGCGAGGAACGUCAGCCCUGCCUUGACGUGCAGACUGCCCGAGCUUCCUUCUUCUUUCUGACAAGCUGAGAGAAGUACAUGUGCAAUCAACAACGGUCAAUGCGAUGCUCAACAGCGAUCUGAUCCGAUGUCGAUGGAGUUCUGCCGUGCUUCAGCAUUUCUCGCAGAGUACUUAUACCAACCACCACCGGGUGCUCAGAUCGCCGCAACCUAAGCUUCAAUCUCUUUCCUUGCCAAUUUUCUCAGCUCUGACCUAAAAUCCACUCUAGUCAACCAGCUCAACAAGUUGUGUAAGCGGUACUCAGGCUCAGCAACUGAUCCACCGCCUGCAGCCAGAAUGGUGCACAUCUUUCUUACCGGCGCAUCGGGCUACAUUGGGUCCGUCGUGGUAGACCUUGCGCUGAAAGCGGGACAUUCGGUGCGGGGCUUGGCGCGGAGCGAGGCGUCUGCUGCCAAGCUCAGGGCGAAGGGAGUGGAGCCCGUGAUUGGGGACCUGUUCUCUCUGGACGUUUUGGCAGCAGAGGCGAAAAAGGCGGAUGCAGUUCUCCACCUUGCGUUCAUCCACGACUUCGACAAAUAUGACGAGGCCGUCGCGCAAGACCAGCGGGUGAUUGCCACGUUCACGGAGGCCCUGGCCGGAACCAACAAAGUGCUUGUUGUGACCUCAGGAACCGGUGUGCUUCAAGACACCGGCGACAUGAUUGCUGACGAGCGCACGGCGAUCCAGCCUGGAGGGGGAGCGGCCGAACGGGCGAUCGCUGAGCAGAUGUGCGUUCAGGCUGCCAGCCGUGGGAUCCGGAGCGCAGUGAUGCGGCUGUCUCUCCACGUGUACGGCCGCAACGGGAGCCACUUCAUCCCCAUCCAGAUUGCCACGGCGGAAAAGGACGGGGUUGCGCGUUACAUUGGAGAGGGUUCGAACGUGACGACCGUCGUGCACGUGGAUGACGUGGCGGCCGCGUUCGUCUUGGCUGUGGAGAAGCCUUUCACGCCAGGUACCAUUUUCCAUCUGGGCGACAAAUACGACACGGGAAUGACCGGGAAAAAGAUCGCCGAGGCGAUCGCGCAGCGGCUUUCCUUGUCCCAGGUGCAAAGUGUUUCGUUCGAGGAGGCGUCCGUAGUUUGGGGCCCUUUUCUGGCGUGGGCCUUUUCGCUGACCAACCAGUAUAGCUCGGGGCUGGCGGAGAAAGAGCUCGGGUGGUCUGUUCCCGAGGGGCGGUCCGUCCUUAAGUACAUAGCGGAGAGCGGUCGGGUGGAAGCUUGAGUUUGGUCGGUUGAGUUCUCGCUGGCCGGGGGCGGGUUAAUGCGCGAAUCAAGUAGUUUAGCGUAACAGUAAUUUUUGGAUGUUGGAACGGGAUACGAUAAGCUAGAGCGGAGCCAUACAUAGUCAAAAGUAGCCUUGAGUAAAACUCAGUGUUGUAAUACCUGACGUGUCCUGCAGCGUAUAUAUCUGUCAAUAUAUGUAAUUACGAAGAAUUUUCUAGCUCUCGCCAAGCGUCCAAUAUGCAAGCAGUAAACAUACGGGGGGAUCAUUGGAGUCGUGAAACGCAUGCCGCUAUGCUGCUAUACAAUUAAGGCCGCUUUCACUUUGCAUGGGAAGCCCCCCCUCGCAUCACGGAAGCCUACAGCUGCAAUAUUAUACCGCGCGUCUGCCACCGGCACAAGUUGGCACAAGUACAUACAAGAGUUGAAGACCUCAAGCUGCGGGCCGAAGAUCGCCCGGUCAGUGAUACUGCAUGCCACAAUACAUUCUGAUAUACUCAAAGUGUUCUUAAGUAGAACUUGAUACCCUGUACAAUUUUAGAAGGUGGAA